GACGCGGCCCCAGCCUGCCCCUGCCAGCAUGCAGCGCUGGCCUGGGUGGUGGCAGGCCCUCGGGGGCCCCCCGCGCCCUCCCACUCGGCUCCCCACCUCCUGGCUCCUCGGCCUGCUCCUGUUCCCCUGUGCCCUGCAGCUCAGAGGAGGACGGUUGUUGGUGACCCACACUGGCCCCCCCAUUAUAGUCUCCCUGGCCAAAAAGGCUGUUUCCUUCGGCUGCAGCAUCAGCUACCGGCUUACCCCAGAAUUCAGGGAUUUCAGUAUCCGCUACUUUCACGUGAACCUCCAGGGCCAGCCUAGCCCUGAGAAGGAUGUUUGCUCCCUGCCCAGCCUGGGCGCACUGAACAAGACCCACAUCUUGGACUGCCUGGUCACACCCCAGCUGCCGGAUGCAUCUGCCACCGGCACCUACUACUGCGCCGUCCACUGGCAGCACUUGAAUGUGACUGGCGGCGGCACCUUCAUCCUGGUCAGAGAUGCCGGGUACCGAGAGCCCCCAGUGGGCCCCAAACAGCAACUGCUCUUUGGCUUCACGGGCCUCCUAGCGUUCCUGAGUGUGCUGGGCACGGCUCUGCUGAUCUGGAAGAAGAAAGGAAUGCAGCUUCCAGGGAAGCACCCUGCCCAGAAGUGCCCGGAACCCAGAGCCACCAGCCACCCUGAGCACCCUCCAGCUGAAUCCGUCUACACAGCCCUGCAGCGCCGACAGACCGAGGUCUAUGCCUACAUCGAGAGUGAAGAAGGCGCCUCGCCCACCGCGCAGAGCCCUCCUGCCCAGGAGGAACCUCCUAGAUCUGAGGAUGAAGGUGAAUUUAACCUGGUCUAUGAAAAUCUCUAGGGCGAGCUCCACCUGCCCCAGGUGUUGCCCUGGACCUGCCCCUGCCAGCAAAGGACUUGAUGGGCACUGGCGUUGGGGCCCAGCACCUCGCCCCCAGGCUCUGGCCCUCACACCUUGGCCUGCCCCGUCCCUUCUGCACCCCACCCAGCCCUGCCCACCGAGGGGCCCACAGCCCAGGCUGCUCCCCCACCCCUCCCAGGCAGGCCCUUCCUCCCGUGGGCCAGCGGGCAAAGUGCCCCUCACUCCUCCAGGGCCGACAGGCCCCGUGCUGAGCCCUUCCCUCCCUCUCAGGCCCAGGAGCCAAGGCAGCCGGAAUCUGUUACCUGUCAGGUGCAUCCCUCCCCCAAGCAGACUGUGAGCACCCAGGAGGGACCAGGAAGGGACCCCAAGGUCAGGGCUAUGUGCAGGAGCCUCAAGGGGGUGCUGGAAUAAAGGAGUGGCCGUGCA